CUCGAUCAACCUCAUGCACAUUCCCUAGCACUAGCUAUAUAUCUCCCCACGUACGUGCGAGAUCGAUCCAGCAAGCCAAUAAGAAGAACCAGCUGGGGGUAACUAACGUACAUUUACCCAGCUAUAGCACGGCCGGCAAUGAGGAAACCGGAGUGCCCAGCGGCGGCGAACAGCGGCAAUGCCGGUGGCGCGGCGGCCGCGACGAAGCUGCGCAAGGGGCUGUGGUCGCCGGAGGAGGACGAGAGGCUGGUGGCGUACAUGCUGCGGAGUGGGCAGGGUUCGUGGAGCGACGUCGCCCGGAACGCCGGGCUGCAGCGGUGCGGCAAGAGCUGCCGCCUCCGGUGGAUCAACUACCUCCGGCCGGACCUCAAGCGCGGCGCCUUCUCGCCGCAGGAGGAGGAGCUCAUCGUCAGCCUCCACGCCAUCCUGGGAAACAGGUGGUCUCAGAUCGCUGCCCGGUUGCCGGGGCGCACCGACAACGAGAUCAAGAACUUCUGGAACUCCACCAUCAAGAAGCGUCUCAAGAACACCUCAGCAACUUCGUCGCCGGCGGCUACCGAAUGCGCGUCGCCGGAGCCCAAUAACAAGGUCGCCGCCGGUAGCUGCCCGGACCUCGCAGGCCUAGAUCAUCAGGACGGUGGCCACCACCACCACCACCACUUGAUGACGACGACGACGACAGGUCUGUGGAUGGUGGACUCAUCCUCCUCUUGUACCUCGUCGACCUCGCCAAUGCAUCAGAGACAGCCGCCGCCGACGACGGCGAUCAUGGCAGCGGCGGCGGUGGCCGCUACCAGGAGCUAUGGAGGCCUCGUCCCCUUCCCUGACCAGCUCCGUGGUGUUAUGGCGGACGCGUCGCCGCCGGGAAGGUUCUUUCAUGGCCACGCGGCGCCGCCGUUCAAGCACCAAGUUGCCGCAUUGCACCACGGUGGUUUCUAUGGCAGCACUCCUCCUCAUCACCAUGGGAUGAUGGCAACAAUGGAAGGAGGAGGAUGCUUCAUGCGUGGAGAAGACAUGUUUGUUGGUGUAGUGCCCCCUCUGCUAGAUCCCAUGUCAGCAGCAGCGCAGGAGCAAGAGCAAGGCCAGCAGGGGCUAAUGGCAUCAAGUGGUAGUAACAAUGCUAAAAACAACAACAACAGCAACAACACUACUGAGACUACUACUACCACGACACUGAGUAACAACGAGAGCAACAUCACAGAAAACAACACCAACACCAAGGACAACAUCAACACCAUCAGCCAAGUGAACAACGGCAGCAAUGUGGCUGCAGUAUUCUGGGAGGGGGCACACCAGCAGUACAUGAGCAGGAAUGUCAUGCAUGGGGAGUGGGACCUGGAGGAGCUGAUGAAAGAUGUGUCAUCCUUGCCUUUCCUUGAUUUCCAAGUUGAAUGAUUGGGAGGGCCCCCAUGCUGCAUGCAUCUCCAGCUGGCUGCCAAUGGAAGGAGUAGUACAUACAUGCAUAUAUAUACAACUAUACAUACUUAUACGUUAAGAUUAGUAUUUUUACAUCCUUGACAUUGCUAUUUCCAAUGUAAAAGAGUUUCUCUCCUCUCUCACAGCUACUUCACCUCACUUUUUGGUCCCACACAUCUCUUGGAUAUUCAUCCUCUUGUACACAGGCAUUCAUAUGCCAUGCAAAUAAUUCAAUCAAAUCCUAAGCUAUACUAUAUGUGGAA